GACUCGGCGUUUAAGGACGUUCAGUGAGCAUCCCCAUCUUUAAAUUAGCCGGCGUUUCGUCUGUUUAAUGGGAAGCGGGUACUGUUUAAAGCUGCGCUGUUAGCGCUGCAGUGAAACAACGGGUAGCCUGGCCUCUGAGACCAUGUCUGCGGCCAUGGGCGCAGGGUACAUUUCGUUCAAACCGGCGAACGGAGUCUGCGCCCCAUCGCGGAUGUGAACCUGCUUACUUUGUGUUUCUGUCAAUGAAACUGGCUGAAUGCUGAAACGCUGCCUCCCCGGCCGAACCCGCGUCUCUGGUUUCACUGCUUUAUAACUAAGUGUUUCCCCUGACCUGUGCCGUGCAAAACUAUGCGUGGGGGAAGGUUGGUUUGGACAGCGAGGUGGCCAAACUGGUGGUUGGUGGAGACCCCCUGGCAGCCAUAGAGGAUGGAAAGCCCUAUGCAGAGCUGUGGAUGGGCGCUCACCCGAAAGGUGACGCCCAGAUUAAAGACAACAGGAUUGCACAGACCACGCUGGGCCAGUGGAUCGCCCACUUCCCUGCCUGCCUGGGCUCCAAGGUCAAAGACACCUUCCAGGGACAGCUGCCCUUCCUCUUCAAAGUCCUCUCUGUCAACACAGCCUUGUCCAUACAGGCCCACCCCAACAGGGAGUUGGCCGCUCGUCUGCACGCUCAGUUUCCGGAGCACUAUCCAGACAGCAACCACAAGCCGGAGAUGGCCAUCGCUCUCACCCGCUUCCAGGGCCUCUGCGGUUUCAGGCCAGUGGAGGAGAUCCUGGGAUUUCUUAAAUCUGUCCCGGAGUUUCGUGCUCUGGUGGGAAGUGAGACAGCGGAGGAGCUGCAGUCCAGCAUGGGAGACGCCGUUCAAACGAGCCAGGUGCUGAAGAAGUGCUUCACCAGGAUGAUGAACUGCGAGAAGAAGGUGUUCGUAGAUCAGCUCAACAUGCUCGUCAAGAGAGUCACUGAAGAAGGUGCAGCAGGGAAGGACACAUCAAGCAGCAACGGCGACCUGUUGCUCCGCCUUCACUCCCAGUACCCCGGGGACAUCGGCUGCUUCUCCAUCUACUUCCUUAACCACAUGAUCCUGGAUCCAGGCCAGGCCAUGUUCCUGGGAGCCAACGAGCCUCACGCUUACCUUUAUGGAGACUGUAUCGAGUGUAUGGCCUGCUCAGACAACACGGUGAGGGCCGGUCUGACGCCAAAAUACAUUGAUGUGAACACGCUGUGCGAGAUGCUGGACUACAGCCCCGCCCCCGCCAGCUCCAAGAUCUUCCCAUGUGUGCAGGACGCUUCGGACCCGUGUGUGUCCCUGUACGACCCCCCAGUGCCAGACUUCACUGUCAUGAGGAUUCAGAUCCCAGCCUCCGUGAAGCAGUACACUGUCGCUCCAGUCGACAGCGCCAGCAUCCUCCUGGUCAUUGAAGGCGACGCCACGGCAACAUCUGCCGCCGCCCUCUCUGACGUCGCACUGAGGCGGGGCGCCGUCCUCUUUGUCUCGGCCAACGAGAGCAUCUCCCUGCACAUCAGCUCUCAGGCGGGGAUGACCAUGUUCCGAGCCUGUUGCCUCCUGUAGUUGUGAGUCCUGUGGCUGUGUGUGAAAGCUCAUGCGACCUGUGUGUAUUGUCCUCUGGUUUGACUCAGCAAGGUCUACAUCGCGUCAAGGACUGAGCCCAAAGAUUGCUGUGCUCAUUUUAAUCGGUAGCAAAUUAAACAAGCUUUCAGAUACGGUGCGCCGAUACCCGUCUCUGCCCGCUGCCCCACCCCCAACCUCCACCCUCAAACUCAACGUGCAGACUGCUGCACCCCCUCCAGCAGUGCUCUUUAGCUUUAAAAUCCAGCAGUAAACCAUUGCUGCUGGAUUUUAACUGGAUCUAACUGUCUUUUUUACCUGUGGUGGUGCAGUUUCAUCUUAACACUAUAAGCAGAGGAUGUGCACAUCCCAAUAUUCUUCAUGAGUGCUUGGCAGAGGAGGCGUAUAAGGAAUAAAGAGCAAAAUAUGUCCGUAACACUGAACUGGACCCGGUUUUAGAAAGUACACAUCACACUGUUCCAAUCCCUUGAUCCUUGUUGGGUUUGUGGCUCAUGAUGAAGAACAAGUGAUGCUGCAUGAAAGUUUAUUCUUGACCUUUGACACAGCAGUUGAGAAAACAAACCUCAUCGUGUGCAUUUACUUGCUGUUCUGGAGCCUGAAGUCCUUUUAAGUGCUCAGACAGUUCAACAUGGCAACAGAGCAAACACUGUCUGCUGAUGAAGGUCAUAGCAUAGCGGGAGAACAGCUGAUAAAUAAAUUUCCGAAGGGGGAAGAUAAAAGAGAGAAACUGGAGAACACUGCACACUCGCAGCCUUUGUGUUGCCUUGGGAAUUUGCUGUCCUCAACCUGAGAGGCGCCUGAUUCAGCUGCAUAUUGCAGGAAGGUGCACAGAGGACUGUUUCAGAUAAUAAAGAAACCUUUGGGUGCCCUUCAGUGUUACUGACAUUUUUCCUCUUUUACUAACACACUGCAGAAUGUUCUGAUUUUCCAAUCGAGAUGCUGAUAAAACACACUCACAGCGAUUUAGUUAUACACCACUGAAGCAGGGUAGGGGAUAUGUUUACACUGGUGCAGUACACCUUCACUUGUUGAGGACCGAGCAUGUCUGUUAUAUGAGCCAGCAGUAUGUCUUUCCCACCAGGAUCACUGGUGCAACUACCUGUUUUGUCAUUUUAGUUUAGCUUGAACAAGUAAAAUCUCCUCCUCCUUGUCUGUUCGCAUAUGGACAGUUGAGAGUAUUUCGUGUGCUACUGAGAUGCCUGUGCAUGUCUGAUUCAGAGCAGUAAUACUGCAGAGGACUGUGAUGAUGUUGCGAGCCACAGUUAACCCAGGAAAUGAAGCGCAUGUUUACGGUCUGGAAACUUCUCAAAAGUAGUGAGCGAUCAUAAAAAUAAAACAAAAGGAAAAAAAACAACAAAAAAACCCUAAAUAGCAGUAAACAGAAAUGGGCCUCUGAGUAACUUCAUCAUGGGAGUCAGGAAUGCUCAUCGAUUCAAACGUUCUACUGCUGCUUGUUCCAAACUUCCCCAAGCCUGUUUACACCAUCCACGUCUCGCACAGUCGUACAACAAGAUGCUGCAUUCAGUUAUUAUUACAGGAAUAAUCGUGUCAGUGUUUUGGAGUAUUUGAAGCCAAAUUUUUCAGACUCUUUGCAUGUUUUGUUGAUUCAUCAAUACAUAACCUACUAAGAGAACCGAUCCCUGAAAACACUCUGUAUUAUAAGGUUUAUUCUGCACAUAAUGACAACAUGGUGCAAGUGUUUUAUCUUUACAGUUACAUCUUUUACGGUGACCACUUUCCGCCACGUCGGCACAAUAUUGCGACUAGAUGAUUAUUUCAGUAAGGCGCAAACUUGUGCGUGUGGCGUUCCAGUUCAGACCAGGGUCAGUCUGAACUCAAUCAAUCGUGACGUGGUCUUUUUAUAGGUGAUCUUGAAUCAAAUAUUUGAGAAUGAACGCUCUAUCAGCCUGCCAGCCUAGCGGUGAGUAAAUAUCUCUCUGAAUAGUUUGAUGUGAAUGAAUGACGCUUUUGCCUUCCGCGCUCGUCCCUAACACAGAUGCAAUAAAGCUUUAGUCGUUUGUUGUCGGGAAGAAAAAAUAUAUACACGUGGAAGGAAGUUAAUAGUUUAAUAAUAGUUUAAAAUCACUGCAUCUUUUUGAUUAAUGAACCAUUACCUCAGAGUCACCCUUUGGUAUCUCUAGACUGUAGAGGCUCGUUUUGUUUGUCAAACAACAUAUUUGCUAUCGUUUUAAACUCUUUCUGUAGGGGUCAGUGAUUCAAACAGUAUCUGAUUACGUAUUCUUUAAAUUUAACUAUCACAUCUCUGUUACUGAACUUUUAAGUUCACUUUGCACAGAAUUCAUUUUGGAUUUUUUUUUGUUUGUUUGUUUGUUUUUUUUUUUCAUUUUUAACUCCUUCAAAUGCACACAAAUCUGAAGGCCACGAUGUUUUACGUUAAUUAUUUUAUUUAACUAAUGUGUGACUAUUUCUUGGGGUGUUUCUCUAGUGAAGGCAUGGUUUAGCAUUUUGGAUUAUGGUGAUGCUGUAGCCUGGGACUGCAGAGAACUUGUGUAUGUAAAAGUGGUUUAAUAAAGCCUUGUUCUCUUACUAAA